CUCUUCGCACUUUGACAUUUGAAAAUUUUCUCUCUUCCACCCCUUUCUGUAACAUAGAGGAUAAAACAUCAGCAACCAAGAUGAACAGAUAAGGAGAGAUGAGGUCCCCUUGUCGAAUACCUCUAUGUGGGAUGACCUCACAACGUUUUUCCCCAUGGAUAAUGAUCUGGAAACUCACAUUGCUGACACUCUGGAUAAUUAGCUGCACCCAUAUGGAACAAAACCCCAACUUAAGCAACAUCGCCUCCAAAAAGUCCCAUUCAAUUCUGUUAUAUGCUUUACUGAUAUCCAAUUUGAUUGCCAAAUCUGGAACCUUACCUUUCUUUUUUAGCCUCAUAAAGUGGAGAACCUCAUUCGCAAUGAUGAUGCUAUCUUGAAUUUGCUUAUUAGGAACAAAAAUAACUUGUUGAGGAGAAACAAUGGAAGACAUCAAACCUUUCAUUCUAUUGGCAAGGACCUUGGAGAUCACCUUAUAUAAAAAAUUGCAUAACACAAUAAGUUAAACUAAGAAAUCUUUCAGGCGACUCCUCCUAAGGAAUGAGGACUAUGUUUGUCUUAUUUAGGUCACU